AUUUAUCGUAACAAAGAGGAAAAGACUUUAUUAAAGUCAAAUAUAAUAUUCAAUUCGUAAAGAAAAACUAACAAUAGUGCUUGAAACAACAAACAAUUUGAAACGUAAUUAUAUUUAUCUUCAAGAUAUAAUAUUUUGAAUUAAUAAGAUUAUAAAUUUUAUAUAAAAAUUAAAUAAUAUGUUGAACGUGACACGAUAUUGUUCCAAGUCCUUAACAAAUUCCACUUUAACAAAAUGUUUACCGUCUUGGAGAAAUUUAUUAACGAACAAUAACACGGCAAAAGUAAAUGUAUUCCAAAAUGUUUUUGGAUCAAUGAAAAGAAGUUCAUUUUUAUUGUCAAAGGAAUCACUUAGACAAUCUGGUACAAUAGCUAUAAACUAUGCGUCAAAGGCAAGUAAAAAUUCAGAUAAAAUUGUUGGCUCUUGGUUACUUAUUUGCGGUGGAAUGGUUUUCGUAGCUGUUGCUUUAGGAGGUGUUACAAGACUUACUGAAUCAGGUUUGUCUAUGGUUACUUGGAAAUUACUUGGGGAAAAAAUGCCUAUUAACGAAGAACAAUGGCAUAUUGAAUUUGAACGUUAUAAACAAUUUCCUGAGUAUAAAAUAACUAAUAAAGAUAUGACAUUGGAUGAAUUUAAAAGAAUUUGGUGGAUGGAAUACUUCCAUAGAACAUGGGGUCGAUUAAUUGGUGGUGUAUUUUUAAUACCUGCAACAUACUUUUGGUUAUCUGGUAUGCUUAAAUCAGAAAUGAAAAUACGUGUUGCGGUAUUAGGAUCAUUGAUCGGUUUACAAGGAUUAAUGGGAUGGUAUAUGGUUAAAUCUGGCUUGGAAGAUCGUUUUAAUGAACCUUCAGAUGUACCAAGAGUAUCACAGUAUCGUCUUGCUGCGCAUUUAGGAUUAGCAUUUAUAAUAUAUUCAGGAUUUUUAUAUAAUGCUCUGAGCUAUUUAAUACCUGCAAAAAAAAUAGGAAAUGGUAGUCUUAGUAUUGAAAAUUUCAAUGCAGCAGUGAAAAAAUUAACAUUCUUUAGAUAUUUAGUUCAUUCUACUAAAGGGAUGAUCUUUUUGACUGCUAUGUCCGGUGCAUUUGUAGCCGGUAUGGAUGCUGGACUUAUUUAUAAUACUUUUCCAAAAAUGGCAGACAAAUGGAUUCCUGAUGAUUUAUUUGCAAUACCUCAGACAUUAAGAAAUUUUACUGAAAAUCCAACCACUGCACAAUUUCAACAUCGAUAUCUGGGUAUAUUUUCUUUUGUAUUAGUAAAUAUUAUAGCUAUUUUGGCCCGAAAUCAUAAACUUCCCGGCUAUGGGAAAACAGCUGUAAAUACUGUAUUGGGUGCAGGCUAUUUACAAGUUUCUUUAGGUAUUUUAACUUUAUUAUAUCAUGUACCAGUGCCAUUAGCUGCAUCUCAUCAAUGUGGUAGUCUUAUUCUUUUAAGUAGUAUACUCUGGCUUUGUCACGAGUUAAAAUAUGUAAAAUAUGUAAAAAUGUUGAUGAAGUGAAAUUUUAAACAAUCUUUUUAUAUGCUCUGAUCUUAAAUAAAAAAAAAAAAAAAAGAUUGUAUGUAUAUAUUUUAUAUAGUUUAUAUUAUUCUUUUUUGAAGAAUAAAAAAAAUGUUAUUUGAUACAAACCAUCAAUUUUAAUAACAUACAUCUUUAUUCUUAUCAAAUUUAUUUUUGAAAUAAGGAAGCAAAAUCGUUGCACUAGAGAAUUUUCACAACAUUAUGCUUUAUUUGACAAUGCAUUAUAUUAUAAUUAAUAUGUAUAGAAAUUAAUUUAUGUGAAUUUGUUAAAUAUCAUACCAAUAAUCAAGUAACAGUCUGAAUAAUUUAUAUUUUUCACUGUUGUACUUGUUUUUGGUUUUACAAUAUGAGAAAAAAAAUAAUAAAUAUCUAUUCUUAGAUAAGAAUAAUAUUGGCGAAUCAUGUAAUAAUCAUAUUACAUUCACUUUUUUUGUUGAUUAAAAAUAAGUCAGUAUGGACAUAACUCUACUCAUACUCUUAAUAAGUAACAUUAUUCAUUUGAUUAGUUUAAAAAAUGUGUAAACGUUGCUUAACUCAUAACUACUAUCUAAUCACAAUGUUUUCUUUGCAAAUUCCAAAAAUUUUUUCUGUAUUUUAUAAGAUCUGAUUAGCAACAAAUAUUUAAUAUGUUAUUGGCAGUUAUCCUACAUUGUCUUCAAUCAGUCAUUCUUUGAUCUUUAAAGACAUCACACGCAUUGGUCCAGCGUAGCAAUGUUAAUAUUAAGCAACUGCUCUAUUAGGCAUUUGGAAUUGCACUUUUAUCAUUGUAAAGAUGUUUAUUUACAUAUUACAUUCUUGAAAUGUUACUUUUAUAGUUCAUCGCAUUUUGCUCAACAUUACAUAAUCAUGAGUAUUAAUAAACAGCACAUUAAUAUUAUUUGCAAAUAAUAUUGAAAAAAGAUAAAACCUAUAUUAAAAAUGUUAUGCCAAACGUGUUUAAGAAAUUACAAGAUUAAGUUAUUAAUAGGUCUUAGUCAAAUACAUUCAGCACUGUUAUUGUUAUUACAAAUGGUGUUCUCAUAUGUUUUCAAUAUUUUAUUCUUUUUGUAAUUUUUAAAUAAAUUAUAAUAACUCGAUACCAAUUGAGCAAUCGAAAUGCAGUCUCUGUCAAUACAUUAUAGAUAACCCAAUUUUGGCAUACCAAUAAUAAUAUCAGUCUGAUAAAAUUUAUUAUCACGGAGAACUUUUUGCAACAAUUAGUUGCUGAUAACAAGUAUUUCAUAGUAAAGUGUUUUACAAAGUAAAUGCAACAUUACCUUUGCUUGCGUUUAUACUAUAACUCAAAAAUGUAAGAAACAUUUUAAAACUUAUCCCUUUACCAGAAAAAAAAGAAAAAAAAAUAAAAGAAAAAU